AUGUCGCUUUUUUCCGCCCAGCCCCCCACACAGCAGUCCACGCAGCCGUCCUCUUUUGGCUCCGCGUUUGGCUCCACGCAGCAAAACCAGCCGUUUUCUUCGGCGGGUGCCGCCACCACAAACACGCCCAAUUCGAGCGGCAAUGCCGCCGGAACACCCGCAAGCGCCGCGGCCGCCCCGUUCGCCCCGGCAUUCCCCAAAAACGGCGUGGCGGCGCCGGCUUUGCCCGCACAAAUAACGCCCGACGCCUCGUCCACGCGGAUCUUGAAGGACUUGUUGGAUUCUGCCCACAACUUGCCCAAAUUGCACCACGGCAGCAUCGGCCCGAUAAGCUUGCCUUUGAGCGAGUUGCGCAAGGAGACGCUGCAGCUCCGCAAGAACGAGAAGCACGGCGGAAACCACACCAAAGCGCACUACUUGUUGUCGAAAAGCGGCGUCAACGCGUCCGACUUCGAGGCCGAGUUGGACGCCUUGCCACGCCCUCAGGGCGGCGAGGCUGGCGCCGAGAACACGGGCCAAAACUACGCUCGCGACGUGGAAACUAGCGCGGAACGCGAGGACAUCGAAAACUACUUGGGCGCCAAGAAGGACGAGACCGUUUUGAGCGCCAUCGAGCAGUCGUUGGUGUCUGCUUCCAGGGACUUUGACCGCUUCAUCAACCUGAGCGUGGCCAUUGACUGGAAGGUGCGCAAAGACAACCUCAAGCGGCAGUUGGGCAUUCCUGUGCGCACCAAGAUCACCAGCGAGGAGCUCGCAAAGUCGUUCACAUGGAACAAGUCGUUGCCCGGCGCGUCGCGCGUGUUGGCGCCGUUGGCCCUGUCCAAAACGGCCGCCAACUCGACGCGCCACGUCUCCAGAGACAAGUUCGAGAGCAAUGCGCGCGUGGUGUAUAAGCUCAACGAGAGCCGCUUGGAAAACAGGCCGUUCCCGCUCUGCCUGAGCUUUGCGGACUUGUGCAAGACCAGCGCAGACUCGAAGUCCAAGCAGAUGGGCGAGAUCUGGCGCAUUCUUGCCGACCUCAGUGACGAGAAGCUGGCCACAGUCAACCAGGAGCAGCUUUUCUUCGAGUCCUACCAGGGUGCACAGCCCGAGAAGACGCUCAGAAAGCAGGUCGUGAAACACUCGAAGCUGGCGUUGGAACUGCAGUUCUUCAACUACAUGGACGAGAUCUAUACGAAGGACGACCAGAAGCCCCCCGAGUUCCAGCCGGCGACAAACAUCAACAAGGUGUCGUACUUCAUCCACAAGGUCAUCACGAAAAACAACGACUCCAAGUUGAUGGAAAGGACUUUGAACUACAACGGCGUGCCCAUUUGGGCUCUCGUCUUCUACUUGAUGAGAAGUGGACUCUAUGCAGAGGCCGUCGACUUGACCCAGGCCAACGAGGAAGCGUUCAACAAGUUUGACAAGAACUUCCCCAUCUACAUGUCUCACUUCUUCAAACUGGGCUGUUUCGACUUGCCCAGUGAGUUGCACGAGCGCAUCUCUUCGGACUACAGCCAGUCCCUCCAGUAUCUCAACGAGGAUGCAGCCACCUUUGACCCAUACAAGUAUGCCGUGUAUAAAAUCAUAGGCAAGUGUGACUUGGUCAAGAAAAACUUGCCUGCGGCUCUCAAUUUGAGCAUCGAGGACUGGUUGUGGUUUCAUUUGCUGAUCUUGAACGAGUUUGGCUCCACGGCAGCCUCCGACUUGCUCUAUGAAAACUACAGACUCGAGAGCUUACAGAAGAAAGUGGUGUCCUCGGGCCCUGCCAGAUUCAACGCCUCGUCGAACCACCCUGUUUAUGCCAAGACCUUGGUGAUGCUCGGCUUGUACGAAUUGGCUGUCCAGUAUGUGUACGAAAACAUCAACGAAUGUGACGCUGUGCACCUUGCCAUUGCCUUGAGCUACUAUGGCUUGUUGAAGUCUUCCAAGUCUACUUCCGAUGACUUGAUUGUGGUGGAUUCGAACGAUGCCUACCAGGUCAAUUUCAGCAGGCUCUUGGGGUCAUACACGCGCACGUUCAAGAUCAGUGACCCUAAAGUAGCGGCUCAGUACCUCAUACUAAUCUGUCUUUCCAAGGGCGGCCACAACGCCGAGGAAUCUGUCAAAUGCCACGAUGCUUUGCGCGAGCUCAUCCUGAUUUCCCGCGAGUUUGGUCUUCUUCUUGGCGAUUUGAACCCAGACACGGGGGACAAAGUUCCAGGUAUUCUCGAGCACCAGAGAGCCCUCAUCAACCUUCCGGACAUCAAGAAGUUUUACAGCCAGAUCACCGAGCGCAGCGCACAGAGAUGCGAGGAAGAGGGAAGGGCAUUCGAUGCAUUGCGUCUUUACCAACUCUGCCAGGAAUACGACACGGUGGUGUCGCUACUCAACAAGUUUUUGAGCGAAAUUUUGUCCAUGACCGAAUUAGACAAGCCAUUAUUGACGGGCGCCACUUAUCGCACCCCUGAAGGAGGCAUGCAGCCAGUGGAAACAAGCGAGAAUAACCUCAUUUUGUUAGCACGCAAGCUCAAGGGCAUCUUUGAAAGAAACAGUUUCAUUUCCGGCCAGAUUACGCCGAAGGAGAAGGAGAUUAACGAGUACUUGUUGCCAAUGGUUGACAUCAGAGAUAGAUUCGUUAAAAAAGACUGGCAAGGUGCUUUGGACGGCAUCAAAAACUUGGGACUCGUACCUAUCGUCGAUACAGAUGAUUUUAUCGAGGUCAGACGCGCGGCCGAAGCUUUGAAUGGCUAUGACGUGAAGUUGGUCAAGGUCAUUCCUUCCGUGCUCAUGAUUGUGAUGACGAGUAUUGCGCAAAUCAACCAUAACGCCUCAACGAAGAAGUUUGGCAUGGGCGGCCAAGAGAGAGGCGAGCUCGACAAGUUGAAGACUAUUGCUAAGAACUGUAUGGUUUACGCCGGUAUGAUCCAAUAUAGGAUGCCCCGCGAGACAUACAGUCUCUUGAUCAACCUAGAGGCUCUGUUGUAA